UACGUCGUGCACACACAGUCAACAUGGUACCUCAUUACCUUCUAAUCCUUACUUUGGCGGUAGCCGCAACGGCAAGAACAGCAUCCACCAAUCAGAACACAAUAGACGAGGGCCGGAGUUCAGAGGACAAUGUUUUAGGAGAUCUUAAAAUUGCUUAUGACACAUACAAAGACUGCAGUGAAAGUGACGUAGCAAACUGUUUGAAAAGAAAAUUGGCGAAGGCACUGACUAGAUUAGCUAAGAGUGAUGUGGUCACUUUACUAAGCGGGGUCACUGUAGUUAAAGAUAAGGAUGCUAAAGUUCAAGAAGCGGCCGUUGAAGAAGCAGUACCGAGAGGCCUUGAUGAAGGAUCCUUGGAUAACCUAAUAUUGGACAAAAUUGUUGGAUUCAUGAGGACACAUACCGUCCAGGUCAAAUUUCCCAGCAGCUCAGAUGUAGAGGAAGGCCGUGGUAGGAGGAAGAAGCUCGCACCACUCCUGGCGAUUCCUCUCCUCAUCGGCGGUAUGCUGGUGCCUCUCGCAUUUGGGGCUCUAGCUCUGCUUGCUGGCAAGGCGUUGAUUGUGUCCAAACUUGCCCUGGUGUUGGCAGGUAUUAUCGGACUGAAGAAACUCCUGAGCCCAAGCGGUGGUGGCGAAGCGCACGAAGUUGUUGUCUCAUCCGGUGGCCAUGGAGGUGCUGGGUGGAGCAGGUCGCUCGAGAAGGCUCAAGAGUUAGCGUACAAAGCGUACGCCCAGUAAUUUAACAAACCCACCGAUAUACAUUAAUUUGAAUGUUAAGAAACAACCAUAUAGUUUCACCUAACUACAUAUCAAGACGUAUAUAUAUUUAUUUAGUGGAAAAUAACUCUCCGGUUCUAAAUAAAGAUUUUGUUACGAUGAGUUUCAUUCAAAUUUCGAAAUUCAAAUCUUAAUAUCUGGAGUUCCAUAUUUGAAAAUACAUUACAGAAUUCAAUAUAUAAUAUAGUUCCAAAAUAUGAAAUUUGAAUACUCAGUAUUAUGAAUUUGUCAGAAUUUGAUUCAAACGUAGUGGGUUAGUAUUUAUUAGUGACGACACUGGCAUAAAUUUAUGGACCGAAUGAUUUGUAUGAAAACUAGAUGAGUUAGAGUGUAUUAAUUAUUGUAUCACUCAAAGCAUUUUAGUAAGUACCUCAAUACUCUUAAAUAUGGCAAUGGAAGCUUCGCAAUGUAAAUUAUUAUUUAAUCUAACUUAUUUAUUAAUUAUACCAACAGUAUGUAAUAUAAGUGUGUACAAUGAGCCUUUGGAAUUUGCUUUAAUUUAUUUACAUUUUAUACCAAAUAUUACAUAUAUAUUUUAAUUAUUAGUUUACACAUAUAUUAUUUAUUUAUAAUUAUAUCUUAUUUAUCCAAAUAUCUAAUAUAUUUAACAUAUAUACGUAUUGUACAAA